AUGAGGUGCAGUCGUGUGGCGGUGCUGUCGGCCAGCGGUAUGAGGUGCAGUUGUGUGGCGGUGCUAUCGGCCAGCGGCAUGAGGUGCAGUCGUGCGGCAGUGAUGUCGCCAAGUCCCAUCAGGUGCAGUCGUGUGGCAGUGCUAUCAGCAAGGCCCAUCAGGUGCUGUCUCGAGGCAGUGAUGUUGGCAAGGACCAUCAAGUGCAGACGAGAGGCAGUGCGUUCUGCCAGGCCCAUUAAGUGCAGACGGAGGCAGUGCGUUCGGCCAGGCCCAUCAAGAGCAGACGAGAGGCAGUGCAUUCGGCCAGGCACAUCAAGUGCAGACGAGGGGCAGUGUAUUCGGCCAGGCCCAUCAAGUGCAGAUGAGGGGCUGUGCAUUCGGCCAGGCCCAUCAAGUGCAGACGAGAGGCAGUGCAUUCGGCCAGGCCCAUCAAGUGCAGACGACAGGGAGUGCGUUCAGCCAGGUCCAUCAAGUGAAGACGAGAGGCAGUGUGUUCGGCCAGGCCCAUCAAGUGAAGACGAGAGGCAGUGUGUUCGGCCAGGCCCAUCAAGUGAAGACGAGAGGCAGUGUGUUCGGCCAGGCCCAUCAAGUGAAGACGAGAGGCAGUGCGUUCGGCCAGGCCCAUCAAGUGCAGACGAGAGACAGUGCGUUCGGCCAGGCCCAUCAAGUGCAGAGGAGAGGCAGUGCGUUCGGCCAGGCCCAUCAAGUGCAGACGAGAGACAGUGCGUUCGGCCAGGCCCAUCAAAAGAAGACGAGAGGCAGUGCGUUCGGCCAGGCCCAUCAAGUGCAGACGAGAGGCAGUGCAUUCGGCGAGGCCCAUCAAGUGCAGACGAGAGGCAGUGCAUUCGGCCAGGCCCAUCAAGUGCAGACGAGAGGCAGUGCGUUCGGCCAGACCUAUCAAGUGCAGACGAGAGGCAGUCCGUUCGGCCCAGCCCAUCAAGUGCAGACGAGAGGCAGUCCGUUCGGCCCAGCCCAUCAAGUGCAGACGAGAGGCAAUCCGUUCUUCCCGGCCCAGCAAGUGCAGAUGAGAGGCAGUGCAAUCGGCAAAUCCCAUCAAGAGCAGACGAGAGGCAGUGCAUUCGCCAGGCCCAUCAAGUGCAGACGAGAGGCAGUGUGUUCGGCCAGGCCCAUCAAGUGCAGAUGAGAGGCAGUGUGUUCGGCCAGGCCAUCAAGUGCAGACGAGAGGCAGUGCGUUCGGCCAGGCCAUCAAGUGCAGACGAGAGGCAGUGCGUUCGGCCAGGCCAUCAAGUGCAGAUGAGAGGCAGUGCGUUCGGCCAGGCCCAUCAAGUGCAGACGAGAGGCAGUGCGUUCGGCCAGGCCCAUCAAGUGCAGACGAGAGGCAGUGCGUUCGGCCAGGCCCAUCAAAUGGAGACGAGAGGCAAUGCGUUCGGCCAUUCCCAUCAAGUGGAGACGAGAGGCAGUGCGUUCGGCCAUGUCCAUCAAGUGCCGUGA